CAUUGUUGCCCCUUCGCGGAGCUUCUCUCGGUUCGGCUCCGUUAACCUAUACGACGACUCUCCGGCGUCUCGAAGACGACUCAGCGAGCUGAAAUCAGCAGACAGAGCUUUGGGGUGAGCGGUUGAUGGAAAAGAUGAAGAUAGAGGAGGUGCAGUCCACCACAAAGAAGCAGCGCAUAGCCACCCACACUCACAUCAAAGGCCUCGGUCUCGAUGCCAGUGGAAAUGCAAUGCCUUUGGCUGCUGGAUUCGUGGGUCAAGCGGAAGCAAGAGAAGCCGCUGGUCUUGUAGUCGAUAUGAUUAGGCAGAAGAAGAUGGCGGGUCGAGCUCUCCUGCUUGCCGGUCCUCCUGGUACUGGGAAGACAGCACUGGCCCUAGGAAUAGCCCAGGAGCUUGGGAGCAAGGUUCCAUUCUGCCCCAUGGUUGGUUCCGAAGUAUACUCUUCAGAAGUCAAGAAAACUGAGGUUUUGAUGGAGAACUUUCGGAGAGCCAUUGGCUUGCGUAUAAAAGAAAACAAAGAAGUCUAUGAAGGAGAGGUCACUGAGCUUUCCCCAGAAGAAACUGAGAGUGUCACCGGCGGCUAUGGCAAAAGCAUUAGCCACGUUAUUGUCGGAUUAAAAACUGUUAAAGGAACCAAGCAACUGAAAUUGGACCCGACAAUCUAUGAUGCUUUGAUCAAGGAAAAGGUUGCUGUUGGUGAUGUUAUAUACAUAGAAGCCAAUAGCGGAGCGGUCAAAAGGGUUGGUAGGAGUGAUGCUUUUGCCACAGAAUUUGACCUUGAAGCCGAGGAGUAUGUUCCACUUCCCAAAGGAGAAGUUCAUAAGAAGAAGGAGAUAGUUCAGGAUGUAACACUGCAUGACCUGGAUGCUGCAAAUGCCCAGCCUCAAGGAGGACAAGACAUAUUAUCCUUGAUGGGACAGAUGAUGAAACCCAGGAAGACAGAGAUCACCGACAAGUUAAGGCAGGAAAUAAAUAAGGUUGUAAACCGUUACAUCGAUGAAGGGGUCGCUGAGCUUGUACCUGGGGUUCUAUUUAUUGAUGAGGUUCAUAUGUUGGAUAUGGAGUGCUUUUCGUAUCUGAAUCGUGCUCUGGAGAGCUCACUAUCACCUAUUGUGAUCUUUGCGACAAAUAGGGGGAUAUGCAAUGUCAGGGGAACAGAUAUGCCCAGUCCUCAUGGCAUACCUGUAGACUUGUUAGACCGGUUGGUGAUCAUCCGAGCACAAACCUAUGGCCCUGCUGAGAUGAUACAGAUUAUUGCGAUCCGUGCUCAGGUGGAGGAAUUGAUGGUGGAUGAGGAAAGCCUGGCUUACUUGGGAGAAAUUGGACAGAAAACAUCUUUAAGGCAUGCAGUGCAGCUGUUGUCCCCUGCCAGUGUCGUGGCCAAGAUGAAUGGCCGAGAUAGCAUUUGCAAGGCGGACAUUGAGGAAGUAACUACUCUAUAUCUUGAUGCCAAGACAUCCGGAAGGCUGCUUCAGGAGCAGCAAGACAAGUAUAUCUCAUAGGAACGCCUAAUGUUAAUUUACCCGAGUGAUCAUAGCCAUGAGUUUCGAGGAUAUAGGUAAUUUAUGCGUAAUUGUAUUGCUUUUUUUCUUUUUUUGAAAGUCGGGGUCCAUGGUUGGACAUUGACUCGGAGGAAACACUGUAUUCUGUGGGAUUGUUGGGAGGAAGAUCAAAGAAUGCCUGGUAGAUUGCAUUGGCAAAAUUUUUUCAAGGGCAAUACUAGCCUUGGAUUUUGAGUAUU